ACCCCACCGGCCGCGCGAUCGCACGCACACGCUACAAAAGCUGUAUCGGCGAACCGUUCAAUACUAAAAUUCCUAAAUCGUUUUAUUUGGUUUUUAAAUAUUUCGAGUAUUUCCUUACUUUCCUCGUUAUUCAUCGUAAUAAAGAUCAGAAUAGAGCAUCCAUCUUCGUUGGAGAUAGCGAAAGAAAAGAAAGAGAAGAGUAAUCAGAAUAUUUUCUUCGCAAUUUGCAUUUUUAUAACAAAGCACAAUCAACCGCUUUUUUAUACACGAUGAACGAAGGUUGGAAUAGUGACGAGGACAGGGCAGGGAAUCCAAUAGUUUCCCAACAAUAUACAAACACUGACAGAUAUCACAAUAGUGAUCGUUCAAGGAAUCAGAGAAACAAUAGGAACAGAGACUACGAUGGUUCUCAACAAAGUCAUCAAGACUCCAGAAGAGACAACCGCAAGGGUGGGCAAGGGCAAGAAGAUGGUUUAGUUAUACAUAUUGAACAAUCUAAAAUCGGAAAACUUAUUGGGCGAGGCGGCUCAAAAAUAAAGGAAUUGGAAAGAGAUAGCGGUGCUCGUAUCAACAUUGAUAAGUCUUAUGGAAACGACACUGCAGCAGUGACGUUAGUUGGUUCGGAAGAAGCUCAAAACAAGGCAAAAGAACUGAUUGAUGAGUUGAUGAGCGAAGACCGACAAUACGGAUCGGGAGGUGGAGGAGGAAGACAAUGGGGAUCAGGAAAUCGAGGUGGUGGUCGACAGAAUACGUACGAUCAAAAAAAAAAUUAUGAUUCCCAGCAAGGUGGAAAUUCGGCGCCAGUCGAAGCGUUCACGGAAAUAGACUGGGAGAAAGCGAACGAAGCGCAUGCGAGAUAUCAGACGGAAAGAUGGGCCAACGUGGGUCCGAUACUUAAAGAAUUUUAUCGCGAAGAUCCAGUGGUAGCGAAUAUGAGCGAGGACCAUGUAGCUCGUAUAAGAAAGCAGAAUAACAAUAUCGAAUGUCGGCGAGUGUUUGACAAUGUCGAGGAAGGAGGCCCCGAGAACAGCUUUAAAGUUCCAAAUCCAGUGGAAACUUUCGAGCAAGCAUUCCAAGAUUAUCCCGAGAUACUCGAAGAAAUCCGUAAACAAGGAUUUUCCAAGCCUAGUCCCAUACAGUGUCAAGCUUGGCCGAUAUUAUUGAGUGGCAAAGAUUUGAUCGGUAUCGCUCAAACUGGCACAGGCAAAACUUUGGCUUUUCUUUUACCGGCUCUGAUUCACAUCGACGGUCAACCAGUACCUCGUGCUGAACGAAAAGGGCCAAAUGUUCUUGUCAUGGCACCCACUCACGAAUUGGCUUUACAAAUCGAAAAGGAAGUCAGUAAAUAUUCUUACCGCGGCAUUCGAUCCGUUUGUGUCUACGGCGGUGGCAAUAGGAAAGAACAGUCGGCUAGCGUCAGCAAAGGCGUUCAAAUUGUCAUUGCUACCCCCGGACGGUUAAAUGAUCUCGUUCAAACUGGCGUUCUCGAUGUAAAGAGCGUUACUUAUCUCGUACUUGAUGAAGCAGAUCGUAUGUUGGACAUGGGAUUCGAACCUCAGAUUAGAAAAACUUUACUCGAUGUUAGACCCGAUCGACAGACUGUUAUGACCAGUGCUACUUGGCCUCAAGGUGUUCGGAGAUUGGCUCAAUCCUACAUGAAAGAUCCAAUCCAGGUAUUCGUUGGUUCCUUGGAUUUAGCCGCUGUUCAUUCAGUGCGUCAAACCAUUCACUUGGUCACCGAUGAAGAAAAAACGACAAUGCUGUACAAUUUCUUCCAAAACAUGGGAGAGAACGACAAGGUAAUCGUGUUUUUCGGUAAAAAGAGUCGAGUGGACGACCUUGCGAGUGAGCUGGCACUGUCAAACGUGAAUUGUCAGAGUAUUCAUGGUGGAAGAGACCAGCUGGAUCGUGAGCAAGCGCUAGAGGAUAUAAAGAAUGGAUCUGUGAAAAUACUUUUAGCGACUGACGUUGCUAGUCGCGGAAUCGACAUCGAGGACAUAACGCACGUUUUCAACUAUGAUUUUCCUCGCGAUAUCGAAGAAUACGUUCAUCGUGUUGGAAGGACAGGGCGUGCUGGGCGUACCGGUGAAAGCAUAAGUUUAAUGGCACGAAACGAUUGGUCUCGAGCCAAAGAACUUAUUCGUAUUCUCGAGGAGGCAAGUCAGGAAGUUCCUGAAGGGCUAUACAAAAUGGCAGAACGUUACGAAGCGAUGAAGGAGAAAAAAGCUCAAGAGAAAGAGCGCGAUCGUCUUGACUUCGGUUCUUAUGGAGAACGUGACCGUUAUGGUGGCGGUAGAGACCGAUACGGAGGUGGUAGCGGCGGUGGCGGUGGCGGUGGCGGCAGGGACCGUUACGGUGGCGGGGGACGAAGAGGAGGAAGCCGGUGGUAGAGCGACUCUCUUCCGGUCUGCUUCGAUAACGGCCUAAGGUUCCUUAAAGGCUGUGUAACUCGGGCUUAAACCCAUUUUUCGUUUUGUCAAGUUUUGAACUCAAUUCAAUUCUGGAUCGAUAAUACAUAAGAAACAAGACUGCGUUCCUAACGCAUUGAAUUAUUUUUCACGUCAAGACAUUUCUAGUUUUUUUUGUUUAGAACUCUCUUCAUUGAUUCAGUGUUCGUAUGAUUGAAGAAACGAAUCUCUAUCAUUUUCCAUAUUUUCACGUACGAAACAAGCUCUACAGCAAUUUUUUUUCGUAUUUCAUCGAGAAAUGCAUAUUUUUAAGUUGCUUUUCAUACACUUCUUCAGUGUUCAUAGUCUGCAUUACCAUGAAACAUGUUCGUGCGAGGAAUUUUUUUUUGUUCAUCAUUUGGCGCGCAAAGUUACUUCAAUUUUUUUUAUACUUUUUUUUUCUCGGUCCUCGCCUAGUCUCUAAAAACUACUCAAUCCAUUAGCAUGGCUUCGUGGAUUGUAACUGAGCUUUAAUUAGUGACAAUAAUCGAUUAUCGUCGAUUUAUUCUUCAGCGAUGAUACUUUUCUACGGGUCUGGGAAUUCCAUUCUCUUUGCGAAUAUUUGUCAGUAUUAUUUGGACGUGUAAGACGAAUGUUCAAUUCAUGUAAUGUAGAUAAACAUUUAUAUAUAAAUAUUCAUAUGGAAAGAGAUGAAUGUAUGUGGUUUAUGCAAGUACGAAGAAUAAAUAUAUAUUUUUCUCGCA